AUGACAAAUUACGGUGCCUGGGACCGGAAGGCUGAAACGCUUUGCCGAGAAGCAGAGGAGGAGGACAAAAAGGAGACCGCCGCUUCCAACGAGGCGUUGGGGCUGACGGAAGGGCUCAAAGGGCCUCCAACUGCUCAGGCCGAGAAGGAGCUCAAAAGCCUUGACGCCCACUCGAAGCAGCGAAGCGACUUCAUCGCUUGGAGCAACGAGCGGGAAAUCUCUGUGACCCACCAGGAGGGCGACGUGGACCUGUCCGAGCACAAGGGCAAGGCCAUCCGCCUGAAAGGGAGCCAAGGGACCAGUUAUGUGGUGUCGAAGAGUGGGGUCUUGAAGUUGAUGUUGGACUGCUGUAGUGACGUGCGGCUGCAUGUGCAGGCCUCGCUGGUGACCUCAACAGUCGAGUUGUACAAAUGCCAACGGGUUGAGGUGAUCUUGGACCAGCCCUUGGGCACGCUGCAAGUGGAUGAGUGUGUAGAGCCCCUCACCGUCCGCUUCGCAGAGAAGGACCAUGUGGGCAAAGCGUACCAUCAGAACUCGCCCGGCUUCUCAAUCGCAUGGGGCCUCGCGGGCGAUGCCACCCCGCAGACAGUUGGUCGCGAGGGGGCUUUUCAGCUGAUGACGUGCGUGACGGGCGGCCAGUUGCACACUGAGCCAGUGAGGCGGGGUGAAGGGGAGUUUCCUCUUGACUUGGGGCGCUCCACGCGACCGGAGCAGCCGGAGCCCGAGGCGGCGCCGGCGUCCGAAGCCAAGCAGCGGGAGGCGGAGAAGCAACGGCUGGCCGGGAACGAGAUGUUCCGUGCCAGCGACUUUGCCCAGGCCGCAGCGCUCUACACGCUGGCGCUGGAGACGGCCCCGGAGAUGGGCUCCGUGUGGGCCAACCGGGCGCAGUGCUGGUUGAAGUUGGGCGACCAUGAGAAGGCCUUGGCCGAUGCCAAGAAGUGCUCCGAGGUGGAGCCCAGCAACCCCAAGGGUUGGUUCCGCCAGGGGAUGAGUUUGCACGCCUUGAAGCGCUACCAAGAAGCGAUUGCUCCGCUACUGGAGGCUGAGCGCUUGGAGCCAAGCAACAAGCAGAUUCAGGACGCCAUCAAGAUGGCGCAGAUGAUGGCGCGGAAGAGUGGCUCCUCCUGA